UUUGCAGUCUGAAUGGGGAGUCUACGGAGGGUAGUCGUCCUGCGUUUACAUUUGAAGCAGAUUUUUUAGUAGACUUCAGACGGAGCCUACGACGGCGGAUGACUAUGAACUUGGCCAAACUUCGUUGAUAAUCACACGUAUACCAACGCGUAGGAGAGGAGGCCAUAUUACAUAUAUAUUUUUUAAUUCAAAAUCCUUAGUCCAAAAUGACGAAUGUUCUUUGGUUUUCAUCUACGGCUUUAAUUUAGGCGAGGAUGAAGAAUGCAUUUCGAAUCGACUAGAGCGAACUACGUUUCGCCGCGGAGUGUCACUGAUUUGAAUCGUGUGCAACAGUGUAGUGGUGGAGUGGUGCGGUAAUCGCUGAGCCAGUCUGUGCGCUAAAAUUGGUAGCUACAAAUGAACUUUGUUUGUGCAGCAUAUGUGUACAUUUAACAAAGUCGUUGUUCAAGCGCCCACUUCAUUUUGUCCUUUGGAUAGUUUUACAAAAUAUUUACAUCUGUAUCUUGCGAAACCAAGGACCACAGUACUGGAAGGACUUUACUGACCUCAAGAUGUCAAUUCUGCCUUUUACUCCCCCCAUUGUGAAAAGGCUUUUGGGUUGGAAAAAAGGCGAACAGAACGGACAAGAGGAGAAAUGGUGUGAAAAAGCUGUGAAAAGCCUGGUGAAGAAGUUGAAGAAAACAGGGCAACUGGAUGAAUUGGAAAAAGCCAUCACGACACAGAAUAUCAACACGAAAUGUAUUACCAUACCAAGGUCUCUGGAUGGACGGUUACAGGUGUCCCACAGGAAGGGCCUCCCGCACGUCAUCUACUGCCGCCUGUGGCGCUGGCCGGACCUGCAGUCCCACCACGAGCUGCGGGCUGUGGAGCUCUGUGAGUACGCCUUCCACACCAAGAAGGAUGAGGUGUGUGUCAACCCCUACCACUACCAGAGGGUGGAGACGCCAGUGCUGCCUCCUGUGCUGGUUCCCAGACACACAGAGAUCCCCAGUGAGUUUCCUCCUCUGGACGACUACAGCCACUCCAUCCCAGAGAACACCAACUUCCCCGCCGGCAUCGAGCCACAGAGCAACUACAUACCAGAGACUCCUCCACCUGGCUAUCUCAGUGAAGAUGGGGAGACCAGUGAUCACCUGAUGAACCACAGCAUGGACACCAGUUCACCCAACCUGUCACCAAACCCAGUGUCUCCAACACACAGCAAUUUAGACCUACAGCCUGUGAUGUACUGUGAACCAGCCUUCUGGUGUUCUAUCUCCUACUACGAGCUGAACCAGCGGGUGGGCGAGACCUUCCACGCCUCCCAGCCGUCCCUCACCGUGGACGGCUUCACCGACCCCUCCAACUCGGAGCGCUUCUGCCUGGGCCUCCUCUCCAACGUCAACCGUAACGCCGCUGUGGAGCUGACACGCAGACACAUAGGCAGAGGGGUACGUUUGUACUAUAUUGGAGGAGAGGUGUUUGCAGAGUGCCUCAGUGACAGUGCCAUCUUCGUCCAGAGUCCCAACUGUAACCAGCGUUACGGCUGGCACCCCGCCACGGUCUGCAAGAUCCCCCCAGGCUGCAACCUGAAGAUCUUUAACAACCAGGAGUUUGCUGCCCUGCUGGCCCAGUCGGUGAACCAGGGCUUCGAGGCGGUCUACCAGCUCACCAGGAUGUGCACCAUCCGCAUGAGCUUCGUCAAGGGCUGGGGAGCAGAGUACAGGCGACAGACCGUGACCAGCACCCCUUGUUGGAUCGAGCUGCACCUCAACGGCCCCCUGCAGUGGCUGGACAAGGUGCUCAUGCAAAUGGGUUCCCCCAGCAUCCGCUGCUCCAGCGUGUCGUAGGAAUACUCUCCCCACCGUCUCUGUCACAGCACCAGUGAAUUAAACAGACUAGAGACCAUAGACACAUCAACUAAAGGAUCAGAAAGGGUUCGGCAGGCAUUGAGAGAAGGCUUGGUGUCUUUGGAAGAAGAGCCUGUAGGCUGAGAAAGCCCAACCCUCGUCUGAGACAUACUCUCCCCAACCCUCGUCUGUCACAUACUCUCCCCAACCCUCGUCUGAGACAUACUCUCCCCAACCCUCGUCUGUCACAUACUCUCCCCAACCCUCGUCUGUCACAUACUCUCCCCAACCCUCGUCUGUCACAUACUCUCCCCAACCCUCGUCUGUCACAUACUCUCCCCAACCCUCGUCUGUCACAUACUCUCCCCAACCCUCGUCUGUCACAUACUCUCCCCAACCCUCGUCUGUCACAUACUCUCCCCAACCCUCGUCUGUCACAUACUCUCCCCAACCCUCGUCUGUCACAUACUCUCCCCAACCCUCGUCUGAGACAUACUCUCCCCAACCCUCGUCUGAGACAUACUCUCCCCAACCCUCGUCUGAGACAUACUCUCCCCAACCCUCGUCUGAGACAUACUCUCCCCAACCCUCGUCUGAGACAUACUCUCCCCAACCCUCGUCUGAGACAUACUCUCCCCAACCCUCGUCUGAGACAUACUCUCCCCAACCCUCGUCUGAGACAUACUCUCCCCAACCCUCGUCUGAGACAUACUCUCCCCAACCCUCGUCUGAGACAUACUCUCCCCAACCCUCGUCU